AUGAACAGUGAAAUAUAUUCCAUUGAUUAUUCUUUUAAAUCAUCUUACUUCUUAUAUGGUGGUAAUGAUCAACAGUGUACAAUAUUUAGCACACGAUCUAAUACUAUUGUAUCUAUAAUAGAAGGAUUUAGUGAAUCAGUUAUCUUUUGUAAGUUACUGAGUGAUAAUCUUAUACUAGUGUGUUCUAUUGAUGGGUAUAUUCUUACUACUGAUCUAAAUAACUCUUUUACUUCUACUACACAAAUAAAUGAAGAAAUAUCUUGUGUACACACAACUGAUAACCAUUUUUAUAUAGGAACUUAUACUGGCACUAUAUAUAAAAUACAUUAUAAAGAAGAUAUUAAUUGUCAAGAAGUUUUAAUGGGACAUGGUACAGAGAUAUUAAGUAUAAUAUCUGAUAAUAAUAUUAUAUACACUCUUAGUUCUUUGUACUUUAUUAAAUAUAUUAAUAAUAAUAUAGAGUAUAAAAUUAAUCUAGUAGAUGGUGUAUCUUUUUCUAUAAUUCCUGAUACAGAAAUAUUUUGUAUAUGCACUUCUAGUGAUAUAUUAAUUUAUAAAAAAGAUAUAUUAAUUAAAAAAAUUAGUAGUGAAUAUCAACCAGAGUGUGUAAUAUACACAGAAGGAUACUUUGUAGUAGGUGGAUACUGUGAUUAUUUACUUCUUAUUAAUACUAAUAUGAAUAUGGUUACUUAUAAAUAUUCGCUUGUAUCAUCAGGUGUUAAUAAAUUAAUAAGUAAAUCAUAUAAAGUUUAUUUUUCUACUACGUGUGGAUAUGUAGGAUCCUGUGAUAUAAGGAAAGAUGAUACAGUGGAAAUGUAUGAAAGUAAAGUGGGUACAGUAUUUGAUAUGUGUGUUAAUAAUGACACUUUUUAUAUUGGAGGACUAAAUGGUGUGGAUAUAUUAAAAACAGAAGAAUUUAAAUAA